UGGAGGCGCCAUGUUGGAUCUGAAAAUAGCAAGCCGUGGUGUAGCAGAGGAAGCCGCCGGAGCCAUAAUGGAGGUGUUUUCUUCCCGUGACGGUCCUGUGGUCGGCAGGUGAUUAGCACCGUGUAGCUCCUCCUCAGACGGGUACAUUAGAGACAAACCCGGACAACAACGCACCGGUUUAAGAAACAACCACAAUGGACACAUCAACACUUCCUAAAAUCCAGGAUGAGGAACGGGAGAGCCAGUUUGGUUAUGUGCAUGGUGUUUCUGGACCAGUGGUGACGGCCACUGCCAUGGCCGGAGCUGCCAUGUACGAGCUGGUUCGAGUUGGCCACAGUGAGCUGGUGGGAGAAAUCAUACGCUUAGAGGGCGACAUGGCAACCAUCCAGGUCUACGAGGAGACGUCUGGCGUUUCUGUCGGUGACCCUGUCCUUCGAACAGGAAAACCCCUCUCUGUGGAGCUUGGGCCAGGUAUCAUGGGCUCCAUCUUUGACGGUAUCCAGCGUCCAUUGAAAGACAUUAAUGACCUCACUCAGAGCAUCUACAUCCCAAGAGGAGUAAACAUCGGUGCUCUUAACAGAGACAACAAGUGGGAGUUUUCUCCUGGACAGAACCUACGAGUUGGCAGUCACAUCACAGGUGGAGACAUUUAUGGUAGUGUGUUUGAAAACUCGCUGAUUAAGCACAAGCUGAUGCUUCCACCUCGCAACAGGGGCACCGUCACCUACGUGGCCCCACCUGGAAACUACGACCUUUCUGAUGUGGUUCUGGAGCUUGAAUUUGAAGGCGUUAAGGAGAAGUUCACCAUGGUGCAGGUGUGGCCAGUCCGACAAAUCCGUCCAGUAACAGAGAAGCUACCCGCCAAUCAUCCACUGCUGACUGGUCAGAGAGUUCUUGAUGCACUUUUCCCAUGUGUGCAGGGUGGCACCACCGCCAUACCUGGAGCCUUCGGCUGCGGGAAGACCGUCAUCUCACAGUCUUUGUCCAAGUACUCCAACAGUGAUGUGAUUAUCUACGUUGGCUGUGGAGAGAGAGGGAAUGAAAUGUCUGAAGUUCUGCGAGAUUUCCCCGAGCUCACUAUGGAGGUUGAUGGUAAAGUUGAGAGCAUCAUGAAGAGAACGGCGCUGGUAGCGAACACAUCCAACAUGCCUGUGGCUGCUAGAGAGGCUUCUAUUUACACAGGCAUCACGCUGUCUGAAUACUUCAGAGACAUGGGCUACAACGUGAGCAUGAUGGCCGACUCAACGUCUCGAUGGGCGGAAGCUCUGAGGGAAAUCUCUGGAAGAUUGGCUGAGAUGCCUGCUGACAGCGGCUAUCCUGCUUACCUGGGUGCCAGACUGGCCUCCUUCUAUGAGCGCGCAGGACGAGUGAAGUGCCUGGGAAACCCGGAGAGGGAGGGCAGCGUCAGCAUCGUCGGAGCUGUGUCGCCCCCUGGUGGAGACUUCUCAGAUCCGGUCACUUCAGCCACUUUAGGAAUUGUUCAGGUUUUCUGGGGAUUGGACAAGAAGCUGGCUCAGAGAAAACACUUCCCUUCAGUCAACUGGCUCAUCAGCUACAGCAAAUACACUCGAGCUCUGGAUGAAUAUUAUGACAAGCAUUUCCCCGAGUUUGUUCCUCUUCGGACCAAAGCUAAGGAGAUUCUCCAAGAGGAGGAGGACCUGGCUGAGAUUGUGCAGCUUGUAGGAAAAGCGUCUCUUGCUGAAACUGAUAAAAUUACCCUGGAGGUGGCUAAGCUCAUUAAGGAUGACUUCCUGCAGCAGAACGGUUACACCCCCUAUGACAGGUUCUGUCCCUUUUACAAGACUGUCGGCAUCCUCUCCAACAUGAUUGCGUUCUACGACAUGGCCCGACACGCGGUGGAGACCACGGCUCAAAGCGACAACAAAAUCACCUGGGCCAUGAUCAGGGAAAACAUGGGAGAGAUCCUGUACAAAAUCAGCUCCAUGAAGUUCAAGGACCCUGUUAAAGACGGUGAAGCUAAGAUUAAAGCAGAAUACGCCCAGCUGCUGGAGGACAUGCAGAACGCCUUCAGGACCUUGGAGGAAUGAGUGCCCAACCACUCGUCUGCAUCCCAUAAUUAUCCACCCCUCUGCAGUUGAUGAAUCUUCAGGAUAGCUGGUCCCAGAUCUGAUUGUCUGCCUCAGUCAUACACAGUUCUGUUGUGUUUACAUCCUACUGAACAUUCCUUGACUCUUAAAAAAAAAAGUUUAUUUUUGACUUCAUGAAUGAAAAAAGCUGCUGCCACAAUCCAAGCAGCAGCAACACCUUAGCUUCCUGACACACGGGCAUGUGGAGUCAAACCGUGGUGUUGUGGUUAAAAUCAGGGACGGCACUUGCACUCAGCUCUUAGCUGGAAACGGAUGUUUCAUGUCAACACCUCGCUAUUAUUGUUUUAAUCAAUGAGAGCAAAUGGAAAUGUACAAAGGGACAGAGUGGUGUGUACGUGAGUUUAAAGGCAUUAUUCCAACUCUUACCUCUGUGUGUGUGUGUGUGAUGUUGUGGACUAUAUAUACGGGACUUAAACCAAAAAGAGUGAUUCGGUCUAUUUGUGUUGAAGCAGAUGACUCGCUGUUACGUUUGUGGUACUUUACUGUCUCCUAUAAUAAACUGGGGUGAAACGUUUGCAUCAGUGGCAACACCCGCCCAGAUUUA